UUCCAGAAACUCACAAUUCUUCGAGAAUCAUCUUCUCUGUGUGUUUUUUUUUCUUCUCUCUGGCCCUUUAUUCAUCAGAUUUUGUGUUUAUUGUUCACAUCAAAGGAGAAUAUGAGCAGCAGAAACAGUCGCACCAUCUAUGUUGGGAAUCUUCCUGGUGACAUUCGUUUGAGAGAAGUAGAAGAUCUGUUCUACAAGUAUGGACCCAUUGUUGAUAUUGAUUUGAAGAUUCCACCACGACCACCGGGCUAUGCUUUUGUUGAGUUUGAAGAUGUUCGUGAUGCUGAAGAUGCAAUUUACGGCCGAGAUGGGUAUAAGUUUGAUGGAUGUCGAUUGCGGGUGGAAUUUGCGCAUGGUGGAAGGGGACACUCUUCUUCUGUGGAUCGUUACAGUCGUAGUGGAAGUAGCCGUGGUGGUGUUCCUCGACGAACAGACUAUCGGGUUUUGGUUACUGGAUUACCUUCUUCUGCUUCAUGGCAAGACCUGAAGGAUCACAUGCGUCGUGCUGGUGAUGUCUGCUUCUCUGAAGUUUUCCGUGAUCGUGGUGGAAUGGCAGGAAUAGUUGAUUAUACAAACUAUGAUGACAUGAAAUAUGCUAUUAGAAAACUUGAUGAUUCUGAAUUUCGGAAUGCCUUUUCUCGAGCAUAUGUACGGGUGAAGGAAUAUGACUCUAGACACAGCUACUCCAGGAGUCCAUCUCUUGAUUCUAGACGAAGUGAUUAUUCUAGAAGUCCCAGUCGUAGUCCAUAUAGGGGAAGAGGCCGAAGCCAGAGCCGAAGCAGAAGUCGAAGCCGUAGCCGUAGUUAUAGCGGCAGGAGCACUAGUCUAUCUCCAAGGCACAAGCACUCUCGUCGGUCACGUUCAAUUUCUGAACAAUCCCUCUCAAGAUGCAGGGAGAGCACGGUUUUCAUAUCUCUUCAAUAUGAAUAUUGUGUUGACUGCUCACUGAUGUAUUACACUGUGCACACCGAGUUCCUUUUCUUUUAUGCAUUCACAUCCUUUCUCCAUGUUAAGAAAAAAGAUACAAGGGACGUUUUGACUACCUUCUUAUUUGUUUCUUCUUGAGACCAACACAAUUUCUAUUUCUUGGCUUUUCAUCUUUUGAAAUGUUCUGACAUUCAGAUUUUGGAAAUGAGAAAUGUUAUGAAGUGUAUCGAUAUAUGUUUGCGUACUUAGUUUUCUUUCUUCUUUCUUUUUAAACAUAAAAUGAGAAUGGUUGCUGCAUGCUUUAUGUUCUCUCUUUUUAUGUAAAAGUAGGAAAGAAAUAAGAACUACUAAAAGGCAACAGAUUCAGCUCUAAAGCUUUUCUAGUCAUACAUGGCUUAGUUGAAUCUGCUGGUAGACAUUGGCUUUUAUGCAAAGAAUGUUGACUUUUGUUGUGGUUUUCAAGCAUUCUAAAAGGAUGAACGUAUUAACCUUCUUGAGAAUCCCUUAGCGAGACUUCAAGCAUGCACUUGUAUAAUUGUCAUGAUUCACUUAGCAAUUGUUUUCUUAUGCUGUCGCUCCAAUAAACAAACACUGUUCAACUUUACUCUGGGAGUGGUGGAAGAAAGCAUAAAAUAGACCCCCUUUAUGUCAGUCAAAUACUUCUGUUUUUUCCUUUGGAUAUGCUCGGGCCUUCACAGUUAACAAAAUAGAGGUUUGCAGUUUGGGAAGUCAUCAUUGUUUGUUUAUG